AUGGCAUCAUCACCUGAAGACGUAACACCAGAUCAAUGGAAUAGUCCAGAUAAAGAAGGAGAAUUAAAGAAACAGGGACACAUUGUAAAGAAUUGGAAAAAGAGAUGGUUCCGCGUACAAAAGGAUAUGUUGUUUUACUUUAAGGAGGCAAGCGAGGCACGUCCUAUUGGUGUGGUGCCGUUGCGUACGUGCAGAGUGUCAGAGAACAAGUCAUUGGGUAAGCAGUAUUGCUUCGAGUUGGUGUCUCCGCGUAUCGACAAGACAUUCUACAUACAGGCAAAUACACACGAGGAGAUGGCAUCGUGGAUCAAGGCUGUCGAGAAGGGUAGCGAGUAUUCGACAGUUGGCACGCCAUUCAACCUCAAGCACAUUGUGCACGUCGAUUUUAACUCGGCAACGGGCUUUUCGGGACUGCCCAAGGAGUGGGAGGUCAUCCUCAAGUCCAAUAACAUCAGCAAGGCUGAGGUGCUCGACAAGCCCAACGAAUGGCUUCGCGUGCUCGAGUUUGAGGCUGCCCGUACCGGUGGCGACAAGGGCAAGCCCGAGGUGGUCAACGGCCUGCCCGCCGCAGCUGGUGGAGGUCCCGCCUCGCAAGCUGCCGCACCGUCAUCUGCACCCGUACCUCUGCCCGACGAGUCCAACCACACACUCACGGACCUCGUCUCUAAAGAGGAUCCGACCAAGAUCUACAAGAACAUGACCAAGAUUGGCGAGGGCGCUGCCGGCGAGGUCUUUGUUGCCACGUCGUCCAAGAACAACAAGCGUGUUGCCAUUAAAAAGAUCGAGAUCAACAAUGACAAUGCCAAGCUGCUCGUCACCGAAAUUGCCAUCAUGAAGACAUCGCAGCACGAGAAUAUUGUCAACUAUAUCGACAGUUACAUUGUCAACGACCGCGAGUUGUGGGUUGCCAUGGAGUUUAUGGGUGGUGGCUGUCUCACCGACAUCCUCGAAGCAUUUGACUCUGUCAAAUUGUCCGAAGUACAAAUCGCCUACUGUGUCCGCGAGACACUCAAGGCACUCCAAUACAUCCACAGUCUCCAUCGUAUCCAUCGUGAUAUCAAAUCAGACAAUAUCCUCCUAGGAAGUGACGGUGCCGUUAAAAUUGCCGAUUUUGGUUAUGCCGCUCAACUCACCCAAAAACAACAAAAGAGAAAUACAGUAGUUGGUACUCCAUAUUGGAUGGCUCCUGAAUUAAUUCGUGGACAUGAUUAUGGUAUCAAGGUAGAUAUUUGGAGUUUAGGUAUUAUGAUGAUGGAGAUGGCAGAAGGAGAACCUCCCUAUAUGGAUUUCCCACCACUCCGUGCACUUUUCCUUAUCACUACCAAGGGUAUCCCACCCCUCAAGGAACAGACCAAAUGGUCCAAGGAUUUUAUUGACUUUUUCAGCAAGUGUUUGGAUAUUAACGUUCACAAUAGACCAGACGCUUUAACUCUUCUCAAACAUCCAUUUAUUGAAAAGGCUUGUGAUCCAUCUCAAUUUAAACCUCUUAUUCAACAAGCAAGAGAAUCUUCUUAG